AUGGUCCUGCUCACCGCCAUCCACUUCGCCAAGCAGGGCUUCGCCGUCGCCGCCGUCGACCACCAGGGGCACGGCUUCUCCGAGGGCUUCCAGGCCCACAUCCCGGACAUCGGCCCCGUGCUCGACGACUGCGAGGCCGGCUUCGCCCCCUUCCGCGCUGACUACCCUCCCCCGCUGCUCUGCUUCCUCUACGGGGAGUCCCUCGGCGGCGCCAUCGCGCUGCUGCUGCACCUCACCAAAUCAGACACAGGUGUCGCGCGCGCGCGAGCAUCGCACCGCCCAGGGCCCGCAGCCCGCAGGCACUGA